AUGUUUCUUGCAGGCAUAUCAUUCUCAAGCACAGAAGAAACAUUAACACGAGUCUUUUCCAGUUAUGGUCGAGUUCUUGGAGUGUUUGUUGCUUCAGUGGAUGUGAUGAUGGACAAAGUCAGAUGCAGACCAAAAGGGUUUGCUUAUGUCACAUUCUCUUCCAAAGAAGAAGCCCACAAAGCUUUACUUGAACUUAACGGACAGGCAUGA